CGGUUAAAAAGAAAAUCAAAAAUGAUUCAAAUAAACUUGGGACGUCCCUUAGCUAAGGAACAAAUGUGGCCGUCCUUAGCUAGCACGUGUCGGGUUUUGAGUGGGCGAUGGUAAUUAGGGUUGAAACGACGCGUUUCGUUUGUUUCGAGCAGCACUUCUUUUUUUCUUUUUUUCGAAACCGGUUGUGUUAGAGAAGGCGAUUGGGAAGGCGAUUGGGAAGGCGAUUGGUUGGGUCUCGACGGUGGUUCGUUUUCGACGGUUUUUCUCGGCGGUUCGGUGUGGACGGUUCUCCUUGGCUUCUGUCUCGACGGCGGUUCUCUUUGUCGACGGUUCUCCUCGGCGUUUGGGUCUCGACGGUUCUCUUUCUCGACGGUUCUCCUCGGCGUUUGACUUGAUACGAAGGUGAAGAAGGUAUGUGUUCUCGAUCUAGUACCUUUGAUUGAUUGUAUCUAUUUUGUUGUCGUUAUCGAUUUAGGAUUUUGUUAAUUUCGAAUCGUCUAAAUCUAGGGUUCUCCGUUUGAUUAGUGAAUUGGUUAUCCGUUUGAUUAAUGAUUUGGUUAAUUUCCCAUCGUUUUGUUCUCGUUCUUGAUGUAGGGUUUUGAUUGAUUGUAAAUUGUUUAUCGUUCUUGGUGUAGGGAUUUUUUUAGUAAAGAGAUGGUGAAGUUGUUUAUUGUUUGCAGAACCAUUACUCAUAUUUGAUGAAACUGAUUUUUUUUUUUUGCUUCUGAUUGUGAGAUUGAGCUAGUAGUUGAGGUGAAGAUUUGAUUAUCGCAAACCCGGAUAAUUACAACAAGUCAAACCAUUUCGUCCAAAGUACAAGGUUUAGCUGGACAUGGGACAGUAUAGCUAUAGUCAGCCUUCUUCUUCUCAGCAUGGGGACACAGCUGACAGUAGCUACAUCGAGACAGAGGAGCUUAUACGCCGAGACCAAGCUGAGAUUGAGUCCAAUUAUCGUGAGCAGGUUCAGUAUCCUCCUCAACCCGAGGUAGAGUUCGGGUUUCCUCAGGUCUGCUACUGUGGUUCUCAGCCUAUUCUAGCCACUUCGAAGACCACCAAUGAUCCGGGAAGAAGGUUUUAUACUUGUGACAAUAAAGAUGAUGGGGACUGCCAUGUCUUUAAGUGGUGGGAUGUGGCGGUUAUGGAGGAGAUGAGAGCGAGGGAUAUACACACGCUGCAAUUGGAUCAGAAGGUAGAAGCUCUAGCAUUACCCUCGGAAGGUGACUAUGAGACUCAGCAGAAACUGGAUGCGGUUGAGAAGAUGGUGUGUGAGUUAGGCAAGAAGUGUUCAAGGGUUACCAUCGGCUUUCAAUACUUGGUUGGUGUUAUGGGUUUCCUGUUAGUUUUAAUAGGAAUGGUUGUCAUGUUUAAGUAGAUCAAAUGAGUGGUUUUAGCAAGUUGCUAUUACCAUCGGUUUUCAUGUGUAAUUUGUAAUGAAUUUGUACUCUUU